UGGACAAAGCGCCGUCUCUUUUUGAUGACGUCGCAUCUUAUUCUACCGUGAAUGCUCGUCUGUCAGGCUGUUUAGUGUUGUGACUGAAAGUUUGCAGAAGCGAUGGCAUCGGAGGACGAGGUUAUUCUUCUGGUCAUUGUUGUGGAUGUAAACCCGUUAUGGUGGGGCCAGCAAGCCCAAAAAGAUCCAGAGUUUACUUUGUCGAAGUGUCUGGAUGCUGUCAUGGUGAUGGGCAACUCGCACUUGGUUAUGACCAGGACAAACAAGUUAGCCAUAAUUGCAAGCCAUUGUCAGGAGAGUCACUUUCUGUACCCCAGCAAACAUUGGAAAAUUGGGGAGGGCUCGGGUGACGUACAGUCCGCGAGUGGGGAUGGAAAGUACGAACUCCUGUCAGUUGCCAAUGAUUUUAUUGCUGACGAAAUCAAGAAUCUCAUGUCAAGAACUGAAGUGAAGGGCCACCAGACAGAUACUUUAUUAGCGGGCUCAUUAGCCAAAGCUCUGUGCUAUAUUCACAGAGUCACAAAGGAUCUUGAAGCUGGACAAGAAAUAAAAUCAAGGAUAUUGGUCAUCAAAGCAGCAGAGGACUGUGCUCGGCAGUAUAUGAACUUCAUGAAUGUGAUCUUUGCUGCACAGAGACAGAAUAUCCUUAUAGACGCCUGUGUUUUGGACUCCGAAUCCGGUCUUCUUCAACAGGCUUGUGACAUAACUGGGGGACUGUAUCUAAAGAUACCACAGAAGAUUGGCCUGGCACAAUACCUUUUGUGGGUAUUUCUGCCAGACGUGGAGCAGCGCUCCCAGCUGGUUCUUCCUCCACCUGUACGUGUGGAUUACAGAGCAGCUUGCUUUUGCCACAGAAACCUCAUAGAGAUUGGUUAUGUCUGCUCAGUGUGUUUGUCAAUAUUCUGCAACUUCAGUCCCAUCUGCACCACUUGCGAGACUGCAUUUAAGAUCCCGCUGCCACAUAUGGUGAAAGCAAAGAAGAAGAAGCUGAAACCAACCUGAUGUGGAAUGAAUAUAAUAACAGAAUUGUUGUAAUUCAAAGGUUUCAAACGUUUUACAAAAUUUGUUUAUUCCGAUGUUUGUGCCUGGUUUUGAUACUUGUAAAUAGCGUUUUCUAUCAAUAAAUUGUUUUGAUAUUUGG